AAUUUUACGAAACACCGCCCAACUGGAUAAUAUCUAGCGGUGUCGGGCUCAGGGAGAGGGGAGAGAAGAGUAUCCUUGCGGAAGGGAACGUUUCCCGGCGGCCGGAGGCUAUCAGAAAGAUGGGAGGAGGGACGAUGAGGGCGGUUGGAAGGGUAUUUGGCGUCGGAGCGGUUCGGGGUGGGGCGGUGAUCCCCCGGAUGCAGCAGCCCUCGGGCGUCCGGAGAUCGUCUUAUCCGUCCUCAACGUCCGUCUCCUCUGCAGGAGACGGCGAUAAGGGGAAAGUCGUUGUCUCCUCUCCGGGAAACGCGGAAACUUCAGUAGCGCGGGGAGCGUCCUGGGAGAAUGACGAUUGGGAGUUUGCUGACUGCGAUCUCUUCGAGCCGGAAAUUCCACCACCGAGGUUCGUUUUCGGACCGCCGGCAUCUUGGGAGGAGGCUGUCAAGGCCACCGAGGAGCUAAAGGAGACGGUGAAUAAGAUGUAUUUUCUAUCUCCUACUGAUGGUAGUGUGGCACCCCAUGCUUUGGAGACCUCCAAAGCAUCAGAAGAUUUGAUGUUAAACGAACCUGACACCAAACUUUGCGUGGCUAGUGGUCAUGCAGUCAUUGCUCCCCAAUGAAAUAAUGUGUUGCAGGCAUUUUCUUUGCUCAAUGAGAGGCCCGAUGUUCAGAAUAUGGUUGUUUCACUUGCAUCAGACCCAAACAUUUGGGAAGCUGUUCUCAAUAAUAAGAAGGUUUUGCAGUUCUGCCAGUCAAAUAAUACAAGUCUUUUCACUAAAGAUGCUGCUGAGAGUGUGUCAAUAAGUGAGAAUUUUGAAAGUCUUGGAGUAGAUGAUGCAACCUCUGAUGGAAAAGAAGGUGGAUUUCAGACCUUCUUGAGGGAGAUGAAGCUGAAAAUGUCGGAAUUUAUUGGCAAGGUCUCUGAAGUUGCUCUGAGUUUCAUAGGACUGGGCCCUAAGGAAGACUCUAGGGACGCCAACAAGGACUUCGUUGAAACAGCAGUUAAAACAUCUUUCAUGCUUGCUGUGGUGGUAAUCUUCGUGGUUGUCCUGAAGAGGAUGCCCUAGGAAGCAGGUCUCCUUGUAUAAUUUGCUGACAAUACUACAAGCAUGGGUAUGUUCUGAAAAUUUGGCCGUAGUGUUCUUCUCCUUGUACAUAUGCCGGAAACCGUAACUGGAAGAUUUGAAUACCUCUUCUCUCUGACAUCUGGGAAGAAAAAACUAGUAUAUGCGCUUGCUUGUCUAUAUAUUUAUCUUAGGAUAUUAUUACGUUAA